AUGGCAAUGAAGAUUUUGGUUGUCGCUAUUCUGGGCUGCGCUUUGGCAGUGAACGCAAAGCCAUUCGGGGUUGGAGCUGGUGUUGGGGGAGGCAUCCUGCCAGGUGCCAUUGGGGGAGGUGUACUGCCUGUUGGCGGGGGAUUCCAAAGCGGCGGCCAGUUCGGCAGUUCUGGUUUUGGACAGGGCUCCCAGGGUUUCGGCAAUCAAGGUUUCCAAGCAGGAGGUCACCAGGGUGGAUUCAAUACUGGACAUGAUGAUAGUCAAUUCACUCAGAUCACCAGUGCCCAACACUCAUCUGGGCACGCGAUGGGCGGAAGCAGUGGCUUCGGAUCUGGUGGCGGCAGCGCCGGUGGCUUCGGAAACUAUGCUGGUGGCCAACAAAACUUCGGCAACGGUUUUGGAGGUGGAUUUGCCGGUUAAAUAAACAAAAACCUGAAUAAACCAAUUGUAAAUUUAUAUGUUCUAUAUAUUAUUUAUUAGAUCUUGAGCCAGA